GGAUCAAACCUGCUUCCUCAUGGAUAUUAUUCAGGGUCUUAACCUGCUGACCUACAAUGGGAAAUACCUACACAUGUGUUUCUGAAAUGUGUUUGUUUUUGCUUUUGUUUGUUUGGCCAUGUCUGCAGCAUGCAUAAAUUUCUGGGCCAGGAAUCAAACCUAUGCCACAGUAGCAACCCAAGCCCCUGCACUGACAACACAGAAUCCUGAACCCCCCCCAAAAAAUGCCAGCCUUACAUGCAUUUAGGUAGAACUUUUUUUUUUUUUUUGCUUAGAAUCACUACUUUCAAAGAGUAAGUGAGGCUGUUUUACAAUUAUUGUAGUGACUGCCAUACUGGGCUUUAUUUUUAAUGUCUUACUUUACAUCGUUUGCACCUCAUCUUUCUUUUGUUUUCUGUGAUAUAAUCAUGAAAUCUAUCCUUUUGACUUUUGCAUGCACAGGACAGGAGCAUCUCUAGAACUGAUGCUUUCUGCCACACAUGUUUAAACUGAUUUCAUUCUGGGGCCUGUGCUCUGUGUCCAGGAGCUGUCCAGGGCACAGAGAACUAGAACAGAGGCCACCCAGCCCAUGUGAACUUAGAAACAGUGGAAAUCAGAAUAUUUUAAAGUGGUUCAUGGGUGCUGAGUGAAGAGAAAACUGGAGCAGGGGAGUGGGAGCAGGGCUCCCUGAGACAUUGUCCCAAGGAAGGUGGUGAUGGUGGGUGUGAUUGGUAGGGUAUCCAGGCCUGUGUGGCUGCUGUUCUAGGGGCAGGAUACAAGUUAAAGGGCAAGAGCCCAAAGCAGGAGGACUGGCUGAGCAGGAUCAACCCAUGGCCAUGGUCAACCUCAGUUCUCCUCUAUUUCCUUGACAGUGGGGGACCUCAUCUGACACCCUUAGGGGAAGAGGCAGUGAGUUGAUGCUCCAGGAUCCCCAGCCACUCAAGCCUUGGGAGGUGGGCAACCCCUCCUGCUGACCCAUACGGGACUGAACUUCCCUCAUGUGGUCGCCAUAUCCAAACCCCGGCAGCCAGGAGGGUAGGUGAUGGGAAGGGCUGUGGAUUCCUGGCCUGCUGGACAGUACUGGACCAGUGCCCAUACCCCUCUGUACCCUCAGCACAUACCUAGGUGAGGGAGGGAGGGAGAAUGGGCAGCAGCCAUGCCUGCUCCACCCCAUGCUGUGGGUGAAAGUGAUGAGUUUCUUGUGUGCAGGGUGGGUCAGCUGGGCCCAGAGGAGGAGCCAGAUGCCCACCCACACAGCACAUUUGCAUGAUCACAUGCAGAAAGCAUACAUGUGCCACUGUCAGAGGCAGGGCUAGAGGGGGCACCUGUACCAGGUGACUUUGCUGUAAUCCAGGCCACCAGCCCUAUGGGCUGGCCUGGGUCCACCAGUGGCCUUAAUCACUUUUUUUUUUAACUUAUUUUUUUUAGGGCCUCAGGUGUGGCAUGAGGAAGUUCCCAGGCUAUGGACUGAAUCACAGCUGCAGCUCCAAGUCUAUGUCACAGCCAGAGCCAAGCCUGAAACCCACACAAAAACUUCUAGGAAUGCUGGAUCCUUAACUCACUGAGCAGAAUUAGGGGUCAAAUCCACAUCCUCAUGGAUACAAGACAGAUUCAUUCCCAAUGAGCCACAAUGGGAACUCCCAGGUUGCUAUACUUUAGGAGGCUCUUGGUGUCAGUGAAGCUACAGAGGCCCCCACAAACCCACCCCUCCCUGUAGGAAGGUGACUAUGCAGCCUGCAGACCCCACCCCAGGCCCAGACAGGAAAUUCUCAAGCCCACCACCAUCAAUGUCCACUGCCUCCAUGGACCUGCUUCUCCCUAAGUGGAUGACACAGAUGACCCCAGGGAAAAUGUCAUGCCAGCUCUUUUGAGGCCUGCUUGGGCAGCUUUAAAAGUUCACCUGCAGAGUAACUAAGCAGCAGUAGCUAGAAAAACUGGAAAAAAAUGUUCAAGAGGGGAGGCCCUGGCAGCUAAGAAGAUAAAUCUAAUAGAAGGCUAACAUACAUAGGAAAAGUCUUGCUAAGUCAGACAAAAUCCUAGAGGCUACUUAUAAAAAGGGACAGGUUCAAAACACACAGAAGUCAAGUAUGUGCAUGGGGGCCCCUCAAUGAAGUAAAAGAAAAUUUGAAACUGAAAAGACUUUUGCACUUCUAAAGUCCUUAUUGAGUGAGGAAUUUCUACAGAUAAACUUUAUAAUGGCAAACAGCUGGGAAAUGAUGUGACAUAUAGAUCACAACACAAAGGGAGGAGAGAGAAAAUAUGCCUAUUGACCUCACUACUAAGAAAUAUGCAGAUGGAGCGCAAAAGCCCUGACAGCAGGCACUUAGCUCAACAGCUUUUAAAGUCAGAGCUGGGAGGAAAGGUCUGAGGGUCAGGAGGUCUGAGAGAGUGAAGCUGGGGUCAGUGGAGCACCACAAAUACCCUUAUUUAUAACCACAGGCAGAGGUGACUGACAGGACCUCCACAUGGGGGAGCAGCAAGGGCCUGGGGCUCCCCCUGGGCUCCUGGGUAUUUGCCAAAUGGAAAGACCCGAGAGCUCCAAAAUAAGGACCUUUAAUAAAAUCAUGAUAGAUCCAUAAUGCACAUGUUGCACAGCCACUGACACUGGCCCCAAGGUAAUGAUAGUCCCUAGUGUUGGUAUAAGUGCAAAAGCACUGCAGUGUCCUGUGGGCAGGAACAGAGCACGACUGUGAUACCACCCCCCGCCAAGGGGUGCUGGACACCUGGGGAGAUGGGCCAAGGGACAGUGGGACAAGGCCAGGCCUCCUGGGGGAGAUCAGUUUGGUCACAGGACCCUCCCCAGAAGGCAAGAGCUUCCAGGUAAGGGGCUCAGGGCUGAUGCUGACCAAUGAGAUGGCCCCUCAUGGAUGGAAUGGCAGUGACAUCAUAGUUCCGAUGCUGCCUGGCGCCCACUCUGCUUCGUGUCCGAAGGCAGUUGGGAGCCCUUGUGGUCUCUGACCUUCUCUGGAGAUUGCCUGUCUAUCCUGUUCUGACCCACUGUCCCCCUCAUCCACCUUGUCAUUGUUUCUAGAGGAGAGGCGCACCUGCAACAGCGAGAGCUCAGAAAGGUGAGCAAGAGAGGCACCCUCAUCCCUAAUGGGCACCUUGGGCACAGAGGCCACUUGGCAGGUGACCCCCUUCCCCAUGAGCUGUGGCUGAGCUGACACCAACACUGGAGCACAGAAGUUGGAGGCCCUUGUGGUUGCUGACCUGCUCUGACGCUCGCUUGCCUGCCCGCCCUGCUCUGACACACCUGAUCCCCACACCUUCCUGGUUGACUUAUUAUCAUUUUGAGAGGAGAGGCCCAUAUCCAACAGUGAGAGUCAGAAAGGCAGUUGGAGGCCCUUGUGGUCUCUGACCUGCUCUGACACUCGCCUGCCCUCCCUGUUCUGACCCACCGACCUGAACCUGGGUCCAUUUGUACAGCAGAGACCAGCUCUAACAGCAAGAGGCCAGAAAGGCUACUGGAGUCCCUCAGAGUUGCUGAUCUGCUCUGACACUCACUUGUCUGCCCACCUGAUCCUCACACCCGCCUGGUUACCUUUUUACCAUUUUGAGAGGAGAGGCCCAAGUCCAACAGUGAGAGUCAGAAAGGCAGUUGGAGGCCCUCGUGGUCACUGACCUGCUCUGACGCCUGCUUGUCUGUCUGCCCAACAUUCUCUGGCCUACUUGAUCCCCCACCCGACUGGAUACCUUGUUACAAUUUUGAAAGGAGAGGCCCACAUUCAACAGUGAGUGAGAAAGGCAGGUGGAGGCUCUUGUGGUCACUGACCUGCUCUGAAGCCUGCACAUCUUCUGGCCCUGAUCGAACCCACCUUAUCUCCACACCCACCUGCUUACCUUCUUACCAUCUUGAGAGGAGAGGCCCACAUCCAACAGCGAGAGUCAGAAAGGCAGUUGGAGGCCCUGUGUUCUCUGACCUGCUCUGACGCUCGUCCAUUUCUCCACCUCUCCCACCCCAUCCCUGGGUGCAUUUCCACCAAAGAGGCACAGCUCCAGCAGCGAGAGGUCACAAAACAUCAAACAUGGUGAAGCUGGAGACUCUGCUGGCCCUGGAACAAACAGAAAUAGUGGCCAAGUAUGAGCAGGGGCACCAGUCAGGGUCUCCCGCGGACCCGGACCCGUGGGAUGAUUCUGACCUCUCGUGCUACAAGGUCACCUACAGAUGGGAACAGCCUGGCCUCAGUACCCAGGGCCUCAGCAUCCAUGGCCUCAGCACCCACAAGGCGAGGCAAAGAGCCCAGGACAUUAGGCGAGCCACUAAGUGGGUGAAGAUGCUGAGGAACUGGAGUAAAUACCAGGGCAGUCGAAAGAUGCGCCGGCGAGUCUACAAGGGGAUCCCCCCACAGGUGAGAGGACAGGCAUGGUCUCUGCUCUUGGAUCUGGAGAAGGUGAAGGUGGAGAACCAAGGGAAAUACCAGGCAGCAAGCCCUCUUCAAUGUGCUCACAGCUUACUCUGUCUACAACACAGGAUGAGAGUUCCCAGCAACCCAAACUCCUGCGUGGCUCCCUGGAGGUGGCUCCGCACCCCACCUGCACUUUCCAGAAUAUUCCCUCAAGGAGCACCAGCUGAGAUGACCACACAGGAUGACCAAAGUGGGGUCUGCGGCUGCUCCACCACCACCAUGGCCCUCCAAGCCCCACAUAUGCCUGAGGUGGGCUACUGCCAUGGCAUGAACCAGAUUGUCGCCAUCCUGCUCAUGUUUCUUAAUGAGGAGGAUGCUUUCUGGGCACUGGCCCAACUGAUGGACAACAAAAGACAUGCGAUGCAUGGCUUCUUCAUUCCGGAGUUCCCGAAACUUCAGAGAUUGCAGGCCCAUCAUGAUAAGAUUCUGGAGAGGACUCUCCCCAAGCUGAAGAGGCACCUGGACAAGGAAUACAUGUACACAGAAAUUUAUACUAAGCUGUGGUUCCAACAUUGCUUUAUUGACCAGACACCUUUCUCACUCACACUAAGACUAUGGGAUGUAUACAUCCUGGAGGGGGAGCGAAUGCUCACAGCCAUGGCCUAUACAAUCAUCAAGCUGCACAGAAAACACCUCCUGAAGCUGCCCCUGCAAGGCCUGUAUGAGUUUCUUCAGGACAAGAUCUCCGGGCCCUGGGCCCUAGAGGAUGAUGCAGUGAUCAAAAAGCUACAGGCAUCAAUGGCUGAACUGCACAGGAAGAAUUGGGACCUGCCUCCCCCAGCAAAACCUGAGGAGUUCCCCACGAGGACCCUGGGCCUGGAGCGAUCAUCCCUGGAACCCAAGCCUUGCCCAACCAUUAUAAGCAUAAAGGAACUCUCUGUAGAGGACGGGCCUGACCUCCCUGGCCCACCUGCUAAGCACCAGCAGCCUGGACCCUCACACGGCCAGGCCUGCCUAAAGGCUGAGGAACACCAGCAAGAGCGGGCCAUGGUACCACAACUCCGUUGGAGGGCCCGAGAGCCACCACGUCUGGCCUGCCCAUUUCCACCCCUGGACAUACCUCAGGACCGGAUGUGGCCGUGGAGAUGGGCUUCUCUUCCCAACAUCCCCAAGAACUAUGAGUGUCCCCUCAAGUGGCCAAUUGAUAUAGGAUUCGAGCCCGAGUGUUGGGACCUUUGCCCCUCAGCACGGGCCAAGGUCGCCCUCAGGGCCACAUUGCAGGCCUAGCCCUGCAGUCCCACCAAGGCCCCAGCCACAGGUCCUGCCCAGGCCCACUGAACACGCAGCCACGUGGCCCAGGACACCCCUCCUGACCCAUAGCAAGUGCAGCCAAUGCCCCUCCCAGGGCCGUGAUCAGCACGACCAAGAUAGGAUACGUGAUUUCAAUUGCAUUACAAAUUGUAAUGCUACUCCAUCGUUUUGCAAAUGACUCUCUGACAUUAUCUAUGACAUAAAGGGCAUUUGUGAUGAAGUUUUUGACAAAAAUCCAGUGACUUCUAGGAUUUGUCUUUCAAAUGACAUGCAUCUAGCCACUUGUAGCAUGAAAUUAUUGAAUCCCAAAUCCCAGUGUCCACCACAGGGUGGCAGAAUUCAUCUUCUGCCACAGUCAUCAGGCUGCAAGUAUUCGUGGAGCAGACACUUCCAAAAACAUCUAAGCAUUCCUAUAAAGGAGCUCUAAUGGCACUGUACCAAUAAUUUCCCACUAUAAAUCUCCUAGAGCUAGUUUCAUUUCUUUCUUGUUACUAUGAUGCAAAAAUGGUAGUGGUGAAUUUGGUAGGGUUUGCAGCAUGUCUCUAAUGACCUUAGACCAUGUUAUUUCCAGAAACUGGCCUAAUUACGUCAAACCCUUUAGUUUGGCUAAACAAGAGUUCUAUUUGGCUAAUUCUAUUUACCACAGCUUGCAUAGUCUCCCAAGCUUCUCUCUUUGAGACAAAAACUAUUAUGAAGUUGUCAAUAUAAUGAAUUAACUUACUUUAGGUAUGGUAAUACAUAAAUCUUUUUUAAAAAGUAUGACAGUAUGCUAAAUCUAUAUCUUUGGGGGAAAAGAGUAAACCUAUACUGUAUUCUUUUGUAUAGAAAAGUAAACUAUGCCUGACAGUUCUUUGUUUCUAAAAGUUAAUCUGGAAGCAUAAAUGUAUGCAAAUUGCAAUUAAUUUUUAAAAGAGUAAUGAGUCUUUCUAGAAGACAAAACGAAUUAUAAUGUUAGAAUUAGAAUCAUAUCCUGGCUCAGAAAUACAUAUCGAAUGCAAAUGAUUAACAAAACAUGAAUUAGCCAAUUUCACAAAGAUAUAUUUAGAAUAAGGAUAUUUCAAUAUAAAAUAUGGAAUCCCUGCUGUGGCACAAUAGGACUGGCAGCACCAAGGGCACAGGUUCAAUCCCUGGCCUGGCACAGUAGGUUAAAUAAAAGAUCCUUUGUUGCCACAGCUGUGGAGUAGGCUGCAACUGCAUCUCAAAUAUGACCCCAGGCCUGGGCACUCCAUAUGCCACAAAAAAAUGUUUCAAUUAGGAUCAUUUUAGUUGUAAAUGAAAGGAAGAUCAAAUGAAAUUGUUUUUAAAUGUAAGGAUAUUGGUUGACUGGCUUAUGUAAAUACAAACUCCAAAACCUGGACAGCCUCAGAAUGCAUUGAUAAAAAUGAUCAAUUAUACUAUAAUAAAAUCCUUGACUUUUUGUAUUCUUA